CGUUCACUCUCGCACUACCGUUGACGUUGACACAACUAGCGAAAAAAAACGCAAACGAAACGCGUACGAAAGAGAAGCACGAGCUUGAGUUUGUUGGAAAAUCAAACCGAGAGCAGAAUCCCAAGCUGACAUACCCCUAGGUACUUGGUGCGCACGGAACAAACGGUGGUGAGAAGAAACAGAAAAACAUUAAAAAACUGCCCAACAAAAAGGAAAUAAUCGCUGCAGAAGCGGGCUGCCAUAGAUUUCCUUCCCCGGACGGCACAAAACGCAAAGUGGGAGAGAGCAGGGAAGGAGCGUUUUCCGUCCUGUCGCUGUGCGCCCCAAAGCGGAGCAAGGUGUCCCUUCAUACAGACAUAUACGCACGCACAUACACAAACGCGCAUACCCUCCGUGUGACCACCGCUCGCCGUGUGACACGCGUUUGUUUGCAUUCGGUUGUACGGACGGAGGCCAGCAAGCAACCAGGAGCCGCGUUAGAACGAUGGCCGAUCAGACAGAGCUGCGGAUGAAUCUGGUGGCGAUCAAGCGGGUCGACCCGUACGCAAAGGACAUCGUCAACUCGUCCGCACACGUCGCGCUGUACGUGUUUAACAAUGCCGAGAACGAGUGGGAAAAGACGGACAUCGAGGGCGCCCUGUUCAUCUACAGCCGCUUCGCCGAACCGUACCACAGCAUUUUCAUCAACAAUCGGCUCAACACCAACUCGCUGGUGGAACCGAUCCGCGGCCAGAUCGAGCUGCAGUCGAAGCCACCGUUUCUGCUGUACCGGAACGAGCGGUCCCGGAUCAGAGGCUUCUGGUUUUACAACAACUCCGAGUGUGAUCGCAUCGGUGAGGUCAUACAGAAGCUUGUGACGGAUUGCGGUGAUGGUGGUGGCGGUGGACCACCGAUGAACGGCGGCGGCGGCGGUGGUGGUGAACCGGCACCGUCUGGCAUCUAUCCCGGUGCGGGUAUGAUGAAUGGUUCUGGCGGUGCGCCGGAAAACGAAAGCAACAAUGUGGACAUAUUCACGAUGCUCACGAAAGCGCAGGAGGAUUUCCAAAACAAUGCGACCGUCCCGCCUAGCGCGCCGAAAACGAUGGAGCAACUUCCGGUGAUGAACCAUCACUUGGUGAUGAUGGCCAACCAUCCUGGGGCGGGUAUAGCGAUCCCGCAGCAACAGCAUCCACACCAUCAGCAGCAACAACAGCAACAGCAGCAGCCAAUUACGAACCAGAAUGCGCCGCGCAGUGUGGUCAACUUUUUCGCCGCGGCAAAACAGCCGGCCGCUUCGGAGGUGCCACUGUUCAAAACGCUUGCCCCGGUGCACACGCUCGAGCAGAUUGAGAAGCAGCAUCGUGCCACCACGCCCCAGAAGGAACACCCGAACACCGGUAAGGUGACGCCGGACGUGAGCGAGCUCGAGAAUAGCUUCAAGCGGAUGGGCAUUCCAAUCGUGACCGGUGGUGGUGGGAGCAACGGGCCACAGACACCGUCGGCCGGGAUGCCCGAGCUCGGCACCUCACCGCUGGCAACGUUUAUCAGUGCUGCCAAUCUGUCCGCGGCGAUGCGCGCCAACCAUCAUCAGCCGGUCGUACCGAAGACGAAGCUGAUCGAAAUCAGCGAACUAGAAUCCCGACAAAGCGCUCAGCAACAGCAGCAGCAACAGCAAACGCCACUACACGAGCUGCUGAAGAAAUCGGAUCCGAUCGGUGGAAACGGGACGACGGGUGGUGCAACGGUCGUGAAACCGGCCCUCAUGCCACCAACCAUGUUUAAACCGACGGCGUCGCCCGCUGCGACGCAGGAAGCGCUAAGCAGCCUACUGCUCGGUGCCAGCGGCACUGCGAACCUGAACUCACCAGCCGGUGGUGGUGCAACCAAGCAGCAGCAGCAGCAGCAGGGCAACGGCCAAGGAACACCGGGAGGCCAAUCGAAAGCGGGCAGUACACAGGGCAGUACAACGCUAGUCGGUUCCACGGGCAAGCAACGAUCGACGGGCAGUAGUAAGCAGCGGGAUGGUGCGUCCACUGUGGUCACUCCACCGAAAGCCGGUGCCCCCGGGACGGCAACCUCGAACAAGAUGUACGAUAUACUGUCCGACGCUAAGACGAACAGCAGCAACAGUAACCUGAUCAACAACAACAGCAGCGGCACGGCUGCCACCGGUGGCGUGGAACCGCUCACGCAAAACCAGCUCAUCCAGGCCGUCAGCUACCUGAUGAAGCACGAUCCGGACUUUGUGCGGAAGCUGCACGAGGCGUACGUCAAAUCCUUCACCGAAAUGAUAUCCAACUAGAGUGGCCGGGCCUGCUGGUUUUGGGUGUGCGUGCGUGUGCGUCCGUGGCGUGUAGGCGCCGCCCUCGGAAUAUCCCCGACGUGUCUUUCCGCUUCAUUAUUACGCCUAGCCCGAGGGGGGGGGAACUCUAUUCUAGUUGCUAAAUUGUUAAGGAUCAAAGAUAGACAGCAGAACGGACACCAGGCUACUAGAUCACGAGCAGAAGGGAGAAAGAGAGCGCUGGCGAGAGAGAGAAAAAGAGAGAGUGAUAGAGGGGGAUUUUUAUUACGUUGCUUUAGAUUCAAUUUUUUUUCUAUCCCAUUAGAUUUGUUUGCAUAUUUCAUUUGGACUCAUUUAAUUGUAUAAAUACCUGUUGUCCCUUCUUUCCAAAAUAACCAUCGAUAAGGAAACCCCAAAUUCGCUAUUUGUUAGAAUUAAUAAGAAUUAUGUUUGAUUUGACAGUGUGUGAGAGAGAGAGAGAGAGUAAGAGAGAACCUAAAGCCCUUUAAAGUUAGUCUACUUUAGCAUUAAAACCAUUAACCGAUCCUCGUUACGCUGUCGCCGUGUGGUAAGCUUUUAUGGGGUUUUUUUUAAGCUUUCAUUCCGGCCACUUCCGGAGCGUAUGUAAGUGUCCGUUUUAAAUGUAUUACAAAAAGGAAGACAUGCGAAAUGAAAUUUGAACUAGCCCAGACAGAUUAGAGUGUAGUUUAGUUUAGCAGCUGUACAUUAGAAAAUCUUUGGAAAUUGGAAUCAUUUUCAUGAACCGUUCCCCUCCGCUUUCUUCUCUUAUCUCUCCUACGACCUCUCCUCCGCGGAAGCUCAGAAAGCACACACAAACACUACAGCAGCAUCAGGGAGUAAAGGUUCAGGCAGCGAAUAUCCCGUCGAUCCCCCGAAUCACACCAUAUAGAGCGUACUCCUCUAAGUUCGCAAUCAUGAUUGUUCUAUCCCGGUUUUGCCAGGAAGCUCGUAAAAGUUAGUUGACCGUUAGACCCUCAGGACGAUCGAAAGCUGGCGGGGCAAGCAAGAGGGGCCCGGUGGUUUUUAUGUAAACACUUCAGCAAACACGAUUCGUUACAAAUAUAAAUAUAUAUACAUGUAUUCGGGGGGGGUACAGAGCGUGUAACCGCAAGCUGGCCACAAACAAACGCACACACACA